GAAGGUGCACUGCAUUUGCCUCCCCAGUUUGCUGCAGUAGUGUGUAUAAAUAAACAAAAACAAAUAAAUAAAGAUUCAGGCAAUUGUUAGGAAGGGGUUUGGAAAUAAAACUGUUAGCGUCGUAUUGUCAUUUUAUCUAAAUAUGUUUAGCACAGCCACUGUGAGCAAUUUUGUCAACCCGACUGAAAAGAGCAAUGAGUAGCUGAAUCCUAUAGAAAGGUCACAUGGUUUUUCAGUGGGGCAUUCUGCCUCCUAAGUAUGUUUAGGACUGUCACUUGAAAUGGUCAGCGGGUUAGAGGAGGGUUAUCUUUCUUAAGGAGGCAAAACAAACGUGAAGGCGUGAGUGGCGUGUGCAGGAUAUCUAGGUGGACAUUUUCCUCUUCUACAGUUCUGGAACUUGGCGCCUCAUCCAAUGAAAUUGACCGGCAGACAGUUUAAAGCAGUUGAAUGGAAGCAUCUUGACAUAAUGCAUGAUAAGACACAGAAAUAAAUUGGAUGCAGUGGUGAGCCAUGUGCAGGUGCCAGACUGCUACCUUUCAGGAGCAGGUAACCCCUAGCAUCAGUUGUACAAGUGAUAUCUGAACUGGCCUAAAGGCCCUUCACUUCCUGUUAAGAACUUUUGGCUAGGGAAUUUUUGAGCAUGAUUUCGUCUGAUGAGAUGGGGAUUGUGGCCGUAAGGAUCUAGGUUCUUUCAGCUGUGUGCCCAAGCGCUUGACAUGAACUGGAGAAGGUAAAAGAACACACCUUUCAGUUGUUUUUCAGAAAGAAACCUAAAGGCCAUUUGCUAAUGCAGGCUUGGAGACGGUGCAAACCUAUGCAUGCUUACUCAGAACAGGAACCAACGGACGUUAUAUGGAUCAUAUCUGAAACAUCAUGCACCGCCAGUGGCUGCUGUUAGCUGCAUGCUUUUGGGUUGUAUUCAUGUUCAUGGUUGCUAGCAAGUUCAUCACAUUGACCUUCAAAAAUCCUGAUGUGUAUGGUGUCAAGCAAGAGCCGUUAACAUUGACAGCUAUAACUAAAGUAGAGAAAAUUCAAGUGAUGAAAGCAAAAAGGUUUCCUGGAGAGAUUCAGACAAUAGGUAGAGGUCUAUCUGAAGACAUUAUACAUCAACCUCUGGUCCAUAUGGAAAGGCUUGAGCUACUCAGGAAUGUGUGCCAAGAUGCAUCGCUGAAAAACCUCACUCACACUACUGUUUCAAAAUUCGUUUUGGAUCGGAUAUUUGUAUGUGACAAGCACAAGAUCCUCUUCUGUCAAACUCCAAAAGUUGGCAAUACUCAGUGGAAGAAAGUCUUGAUUGUUUUAAAUGGAGCUUUUUCUUCCAUUGAGGAGAUCCCAGAGAACAUUGUGCAUGACCACGAGAAGAAUGGUUUGCCACGCUUAUCUUCCUUCAGUGACUCAGAAAUUCAAGAGCGGCUGAAAUUAUACUUCAAGUUCCUUAUCGUAAGAGAUCCAUUCGAGAGGCUUAUUUCUGCAUUCAAAGACAAGUUUGUCCGCAAUCCUCGUUUUGAACCUUGGUAUAGGCAUGAAAUUGCUCCCGGCAUCAUUCGAAAAUAUAGAAAGAAUCGCACUGAGACCAGGGGGCUGCAGUUUGAGGACUUCGUGCGCUACUUGGGUGAUCCAAAUCAUCGGUGGCUAGAUAUACAAUUUGGAGACCGCAUCAUUCAUUGGGUGACCUACGUGGAACUUUGUGCCCCCUGUGAAAUAACAUACAGUGUAAUUGGACAUCAUGAAACCUUGGAAGAGGAUGCACCAUACAUCUUGAAGGAAGCUGGAAUAGACCAUCUGGUGUCUUAUCCCACUAUUCCGCCGGGGAUAACACUGUAUAACAAAACUAAGGUGGAACGCUAUUUCUCGGGAGUUAGCAAGAGAGACAUCCGCCGCCUUUAUGCCCGUUUUGAAGGAGAUUUUAAUCUUUUUGGCUACCCAGAGCCAGAUUUCCUACUCAACUGACACCUAGGAGCUGUGGAUGAAUGAGUAUAGUUGAUUAAAGUGUACAAAAUAAUAUUCUGCGUAACUGAGAUGGUACUGUAUCUUUUGUAGGUUUCAGAAACUUGUUCCUUAUAUCUGUUGGAAGAUUUGCUAUGUAGGAGCAACUAGGGAUUGCAAAUCGCUAGCUACUGAAAAUAGUUUUUUAAUACGUGGCACUGCAAUAUGUUAAAAGCAAAACUUGUUAAGAUAGAAAAUGUCAAACGUUCCUCUUUCCCUUAACCAACGGAGGAUGAACCAGUAAUCUAUAAAUGAACUUGAAAGUGAUUGCAUUUAUAAAGAACAUUUAGAGAGGGAGGCAGCUUUCUCUAGAGUUCAUGGGCUAAGGACCUGAAUAUGAAACUUGGAUGUCAACAUGGGACCAAACAUUGGAAAGCAUUUUAUAGAUGAGGAAAAGACUUCCAGAUUCUGAUGUCAAUCUGAAGGUCUUUUUUCUUGGGUUCCUUUGCCAUAGCCUUAUGAUAGCAGUGACUAACCAUUCAAGUCAAAGAGUCGUGCAUUUUUCACUGACAGCCUUUGAGGUCAUAGGAGAUCAGAAAUCUUCUGCAAGUGAAGCUACAGAUCCUACUUGUUAAAAAUGUGGGAAAAUUAAAAACGUGAUGUUUCUUGUAUACGCUUGAGUGACUUGGGUACCAUUACUGCUACCAAGCCUACAUGUGUCCUCGACCACAUAUUCCGUGUGAGCACACAAGCAAGCACCUCAGACGUGAAAUUAUUCAACAACUUGAGCCAAAGUCACAGUGUGCCGUGGAGACAGUGCCUUGCACUUUGGCCACAAAGGGGAAAUAGCAGUACAUAGAUGCACAGAGUCCCUCUUUGGAUGAAAGCAGAGGUUGCAUUUGGAUAGAGAGAACAGCAAGAUCAGGGGAAACAGCAGAGAAACUGCAGUGUUGAAGCAUUAAUAAUUACCUGUUACAAAGCCAGGGGAAAGAGUAAUUUCCUGUGAUUCACAGUGAGUAGAGAGUUUGGGGUUCUAGAUGGAUGCCAAGAUUGUUGGGAUGAUUGACACCCUGGCUCUGAGAUAACAUACAAGCAAGCAAGCAGGAAAAAGGCUAUGAUGGGGGACCAAAGACGAAAGGCCUUUGUAGGGUGUUUUGAGUCCCAAAUGGUGCAAUACUCAAGCAAUCUGGGUUCUUCUGGAACCCUCCCAAAAUGGCUAAAGGGAUAUGACACCAGGCUUUAGGAUCCUGAAGAAGAUGACAAAAAUUGAGGAGAGGCAAGGGAACAGGGUAGAGGAGGCAGGGAAGCCAGCAACCCGUUGGAAUCUGAACCAAUUGAACUGUGUGUCCACUUGGGGACAAGAACUUAAAAGCUUCUGUUUCUUGUAGGUGUGGGGUUACCUGAAUCAAAUGGGAAGAUUGCAAAUUUGGCUGAAAGACGGAUAUGUUUCCAAAACAAGGUGUAUUUGCAUGAAAUGAGAAGAGGCAGGAUGCUUUUAAGUCUGUUCCCUCCACUCCUCAGGGCAGUUAGGGGUAAACGUAGAGGUGUGUGUAAGAUUGAAUGCCAAGUUUGAAAGUACUGGUUGCAAAAAUGCUAAACCAAGGCGAUGGACCCCUGUCUUAAGAAAUGCAGCAUGGACAGUACUUCUUGGAAUUGCACUUUAGUUCCCACCUUGGGCUAAUGAACAGCCAAAUUGAGCUGCAUGCCUGCCUUGGCUGUGUCCAGCCAGAAUGAGGCAUUUGUAACUAUUCUGGGCCCUUGUUUCCCAUGGUAAUGAGAUGGAGCCUAGGUUGUGUUAGGGAGGGGAGCUAGUGUACACUUUGUAUAAUCAUUUGUAGAGCAAAGCUGAAGGAGUCAAAAGUGAGGCUGAACACCUUGGUAAAAGAUACCUAAUGUGCAUUUGCAAGGUUUGGUAAACGUGCAUUUUGCCAUUCUUAAUUUUAUUUAUUUUUAAAUGGUGCUGGCUAGCCUAAUGAUCGCACAAGCUGUGAAACUUAUAGAGUGCUGCCAAAGUAAACUGGAUCAAUAUUCCGUUCAAACCAGGUAUCUCCUGGGACCAAUUCUUAAUCUUGGAAAUACCCAUGCAUGCAAUGGGGCAGUGGAACUCCCUUAAGAUCUCCACUGCAUGUGCAACGCUAACAUAUUAUUGCAAGACUUAAUGUCUGAUAUUCAUGAUCCUUAUAUUAUUUUAAAAAAGGAUGGUAGGACUCAGCAAUGGAUGUUGAUGAAUAUGUGCAUAUUUCGUCACAGAGGGGCUGCCCAGGUGCACUGGUGGGGGGAGUGCACUGCCCCUGGCACCAUCAAGAAGGGGGGUACCAUCGUGGCCGCCCCCCCGGAAAUGCGCUGCGCACCCCCCCACCAUGCGCUGCCACGCCUCCACAGGCAGCGUUCCACACCCCUGCGGGCCACUUGCCACACCCCUGGGGUGCGCACCAGCCAUGCCCCCACCUGCUCUCCGCCCCCGGUUCCAGAGCAUGCAGCUUUGCCACUGCCCAGGUGCAAGCAUGAUAUUUCCAGAAUGUGUAAAUUGACCCUUUCAGCAGGCAGAUUUGUUGCAUUAGAGGGGAGAACCCAAAUUCCUAAUCUUUCCACAAAAGAGCCCUGUCUGUUUUUUAAUAUACUUUAGGGUACCCCCCCCACUUCCAUAUGAAUAACUGGCAAAAUUCACCAGGAAUAUAAAGAGAUGGUCUGUGUAAUAUACAUGUACUGAAGUUUAAUAGCAAAUUUUAAAUGUCCAGAACAACAAUAAUACUUCUGAUUUGUGCUUGUGUUGUCAUUGUUCACAAGAGGCAACUUUUUCAUUUUAUUUUUAGGUUCACCAGCAAUAAUAAUAAUAAGAAAAAACUCCUGUUGAUCAGCUUUGCUCCACUGUGAUGCCAGGAGAAAGGAAUAGUUGCAUUUUAGUUUUCAGUAGGUCAGAAGCUGAUUUUGGUCAACACAAUUUUGACACGACAUAAGUGUUGAAAUCCUGCUAUAGUAGUGUCUUAACUUGAUUGGCCAGGAGUAGUCAGAAUGGUGAGAAAAUUGAGAAAAACCUCCACGUCUUCUCGUAAGACGUGUUUUGUAAACUUGAAGGGGAAAAAAUCAGUGCCAAAAUUGCUGCUUCCCGUAUAUUCUGUUGCCAGUGGGAAUCUUUUAAAGACUUGAGAGCCAUUCUAUAUAUUGCACAACGAUUGAGAUGACAGAGUUCUACACUAUAUACCACUUUAGACAUUAGGUUGGGAAUAGCUAUAUUUUUCUUUGCGCCCUUGUAUAAUAAUAAUAAUACUCCCUGAAGGGAGCAUGUUUGGAGCCAGGGGAUGGUUUAGUUUCACUUCUUCCUGGUGAUAGUUUUCUAUAGCUGAUAGCUGGCUGGGUUUGAUGGGAAUUGGAGUCCACAACAUCUGGGGGCUGCCAUGUUAGUUCCCUCUGUUGUAAUGUGUAGAAUGGCUCCAGUUUAUUGGAGGAGAAUUAAGGGCUCUUUCUGACAUGGAAAUUUCUCCCACAGAGAUCUCUCGCCUGUGUAGGAAAACCAUAUGCACGUUUGUGUGCGCAGUGGGGAUGUACAUCUAUAUUGCCAUGUUUGUACGUACAUGCAGCUUUCCUACGCAGAAGUAAUAUCCAUGCCAAGAAAUAAUUGCAUGUGAAGCUGCCCUUAGUUACCGUUGAUAACAAGAGAGAUGUCCAAGAUGGCAAAGCUUGAAGCGCUCUUGUCAUUUUUUGGGGGGUGGGAGUGGGGUGGGGCACAUUUACAAGAUCUUCGGUAUACAAUAGGUCUUAACUGAUGUUUAAAAGAUGUAACAGCUCAGUUAUUUUUAUACGACGUGUUAGAAAAUAAAUUGCAAUUCAGGACUAAUGAGCUGAUCAAGUUACCUUUCUGCUGAAUUAAAAUGUAACAAUGUGAGAAAUGUAUAGCAAAAUAAGGCCUUAAAGCUAAUUCUAAUAAAAAAGCAAAGAUGAAGUCUA